CUGCUCCGGUAGGACCUCGGAGAGCGCCGGACGCUGCUACCAGAGGGACUGGAGAAGCGGCCGGAGCCGGGCCGGACCGACGCCUGCGAGCCCGCAUCCCUCCGCACCCACAGCUUUCCGGGCUGGCAGGCGGAUAGUAGCGGCUGAGGAAGUUUUUAAAAUGAAGAAGUUUAAUUUCCGAAAAGUUUUGGAUGGCUUAACUGCCUCCUCCCCUGGCAGUAGUAGCAGCAGUGGCAGUAACAGUGGUGGCGGGGCUGGAAGUGGUUCCAUGCAUCCAGGAGGGACUGCAGGGGUUCUCAGAGAGGAGAUUCAGGAAACCUUGACUUCAGACUAUUUCCAGAUUUGUAAGACAGUUCGGCAUGGUUUUCCUUAUCAGCCCACAGCAUUAGCCUUUGAUCCAGUUCAGAAAAUCUUGGCUAUUGGGACGAGAGCUGGUGCUAUACGAAUACUUGGGAGACCUGGCGUUGAUUGUUAUUGUCAACAUGAAAGUGGUGCAGCUGUUCUGCAGCUCCAAUUCUUGAUCAAUGAGGGUGCUUUGGUCAGUGCAGGUUCAGAUGAUACACUUCAUUUGUGGAACCUUAGACAAAAAAGGCCAGCUGUUCUUCAUUCUCUUAAAUUUAACAGAGAACGAAUUACUUACUGUCAUCUACCUUUCCAGAGUAAAUGGCUCUAUGUUGGAACAGAAAGAGGAAAUACACAUAUUGUAAAUAUUGAAUCUUUCAUUCUUUCUGGAUAUGUUAUCAUGUGGAACAAGGCAAUUGAACUAUCCACAAAGACUCAUCCAGGUCCAGUUGUACAUUUAAGUGAUAGCCCAAGAGAUGAAGGGAAACUGCUAAUAGGUUAUGAAAAUGGUACUGUAGUAUUCUGGGACUUGAAAUCUAAAAGAGCAGAACUGAGAGUUUAUUAUGAUGAGGCUAUUCAUUCAAUUGAUUGGCAUCAUGAGGGCAAACAAUUCAUGUGCAGCCAUUCAGAUGGUAGCUUGACUUUAUGGAACCUGAAAAGCCCAAGUCGUCCUUUCCAGACCACAAUUCCACAUGGAAAAACUCAAAGAGAAGGAAGAAAAUCUGAAUCUUGCAAACCAAUUCUUAAAGUAGAAUACAAAACCUGUAGAAACAGUGAACCAUUCAUAAUAUUUUCUGGUGGACUGUCCUAUGACAAAGCUUGCAGAAGACCAAGUUUAACCAUCAUGCAUGGAAAAGCAAUUACAGUGCUUGAAAUGGAUCAUCCUAUUGUUGAAUUUCUAACUUUAUGUGAAACACCCUAUCCAAAUGAAUUUCAAGAACCCUAUGCCGUUGCUGUACUUCUGGAGAAAGAUCUCAUUGUAGUUGAUCUGACACAAAGCAACUUUCCUAUCUUUGAAAAUCCAUAUCCCAUGGACAUUCAUGAAUCACCAGUUACGUGCACAGCAUACUUUGCUGAUUGCCCACCAGAUUUGAUUCUAGUGCUCUACUCUAUAGGAGUCAAGCAUAAAAAACAAGGAUACAGUAAUAAGGAGUGGCCAAUCAGUGGAGGAGCUUGGAACCUUGGCACACAGACAUAUCCGGAAAUUAUUAUUACUGGUCAUGCAGAUGGAUCGAUAAAGUUUUGGGAUGCUUCUGCAAUAACACUGCAGAUGCUGUACAAGCUAAAAACUUCAAAAGUGUUUGAAAAACAGAAGGUAGGAGAAGGAAAACAAACAUGUGAAAUUGUAGAGGAAGAUCCAUAUGCCAUUCAGAUGAUCCACUGGUGUCCAGAGAGCAGAAUAUUCUGUGUAUCAGGAGUCUCUGCAUAUGUCAUAAUUUAUAAAUUCAGCAGACAUGAAAUUACAACAGAAAUAGUGUCAUUAGAGGUACGACUUCAGUGUGAUAUUGAAGAUAUUAUUACCCCGGAACCAGAAACAAGUCCUCCAUUUCCUGAUCUCUCAUCCCAGCUUCCUUCUUCAAGGAGCCUUUCUGGGAGCACUAACACUGUGGCUAGUGAAGGAGUAACGAAGGAUAGUAUCCCAUGCCUCAAUGUUAAGACACGACCAGUGCGGAUGCCUCCAGGGUAUCAAGCAGAACUUGUUAUUCAGUUGGUCUGGGUGGAUGGUGAACCUCCACAACAGAUUACUAGCCUUGCUGUAAGCUCGGCAUAUGGAAUAGUUGCAUUUGGGAACUGCAAUGGGUUGGCUGUGGUGGAUUUUAUACAGAAGACAGUACUGUUAAGCAUGGGGACCAUUGACCUAUAUAGAUCAAGUGACCUAUACCAACGACAACCACGGUCUCCUCGAAAAAACAAGCAGUUCAUUGCAGACAACUUUUGCAUGCGUGGCCUGUCUAACUUUUAUCCUGAUUUAACGAAACGGAUCCGUACUUCCUACCAGAGUUUAACUGAGCUGAAUGACAGUCCAGUUCCCCUGGAACUUGAGCGUUGCAAGUCUCCCACUUCAGAUCAUGUAAAUGGACACUGCACAAGUCCAACUUCUCAGAGUUGCAGUUCUGGAAAACGUCUUUCCAGUGCUGAUGUUUCAAAAGUAAAUCGCUGGGGUCCUGGAAGACCACCAUUUCGAAAAGCACAGUCAGCUGCUUGCAUGGAGAUUUCUUUGCCAGUUACAACAGAAGAAAGUCGAGAAAAUUCCUAUAAUCGCUCGAGAAGCUCUAGCAUCUCCAGUAUUGACAAAGAUUCUAAAGAAGCGAUUACAGCACUAUACUUCAUGGAGUCCUUUGUUCGGAAAAAUGACUGUACUAUCUCCCCUUGUUUGUUUGUUGGAACUAGUCUGGGAAUGGUGUUAAUCAUCUCCCUAAACCUACCUUCAGCAGAUGAACAAAGAUUUACAGAGCCAGUCAUGGUAUUGCCAAGUGGUACAUUCCUCUCAUUGAAAGGAGCUGUUCUAACAUUCUCCUGUAUGGACCGAACUGGCAGAUUAAUGCAACCACCAUAUGAAGUCUGGAGGGAUCCAAACAACAUAGAUGAAAAUGAGAAAUCUUGGAGAAGAAAGCUGGUCAUGAACUGCCCCUCUCCAUCCCAAGAAAUAGGAGAUCAUCAGUAUACAAUAAUCUGCUCAGAAAAACAAGCCAAAGUCUUCUCACUGCCUUCUCAGACUUGCCUCUAUGUUCAUAACAUCACCGAGACAUCUUUUAUACUGCAAGCAGAUGUGGUGGUCAUGUGUAACAGUGCCUGCUUGGCAUGCUUUUGUGCCAAUGGGCAUAUCAUGAUAAUGAGCCUACCUAGUCUUCGCCCAAUGUUGGAUGUUAAUUAUUUGCCACUGACAGACAUGAGGAUAGCACGGACGUUUUGUUUUACCAAUGAAGGACAGGCAUUAUACCUUGUCUCUCCUACUGAAAUUCAGCGGUUAACAUACAGCCAAGAGAUGUGUGAUAAUCUACAGGACAUGCUAGGAGAUUUGUUUACUCCCAUAGAGACACCAGAAGCUCAAAACAGAGGCUUUCUCAAAGGACUGUUUGGUGGAAGUGGACAAACAUUUGACCGAGAAGAGCUCUUUGGGGAAGCUUCAGCAGGAAAAGCAUCACGCAGCCUCGCACAGCACAUUCCUGGACCAGGUGGUAUAGAAGGGAUGAAAGGUGCUGCCGGAGGGGUGAUGGGAGAGCUGACUCGUGCACGGAUCGCACUUGAUGAGAGAGGACAGAGGCUAGGAGAGCUGGAAGAAAAAACUGCAGGCAUGAUGACCAGUGCAGAAGCAUUUUCCAAACAUGCACAUGAGUUAAUGCUGAAAUAUAAGGAUAAGAAAUGGUACCAAUUCUAAUCUUCUAAAGAAGCUAUGACUGCUUUGAGAAACCAUUAUUCAGGGAAACCAAAUUUAUUCCCGGCAUCACUAUUCAACUGCUAGAAGACAGUUUCUUCCACAAAAUGUUCCAUUACAGUCCAUCUGAAGUUAUCAUAAGGGAGACUUAUCAGAGACACUGUACAACCCAAAGGCUGGAACCCUGGUUAAAACCCCAAGAUAUGGCUGAAUUUGCCUCUUCCCACGUGGAAUGGAGCUAUCAUCUUGGCAUGUCGUUUGCUAAGGAUUUACAUUUAGGAACUACGGGGAGUCCUGAUUUGAAAAAAUCCUGUACAAACAAAAACCAUUAAUGCACUUAAUGAAAAAAAUUUUUGCAUGAUAAAUUAACAUCUUAAGAGGAAAAGAAAAAAAAAAGCAUGUUGUGACAGAAGAAAAAAAGAUUUAUGGUAAACUAUUUUUAUAAAUUGGACCACACCUGACAAUUUAAAAAAAUCUGUGUUAGAAGAUAUCAGUGCAUUUCAAGUACAUUUGCAAUACCCAACUGAAAAAACAAACAAAACCAGACUUUUCUUUUCAUCUAUAACUUUCAUUAUACUAGGACAUUAUUGAAUUCUUAUGGCAAGAGUCUGAUUAACAUUCUUCUCUCUCCAUAAUAUUUUACAUUAUUCACAGUUCUUGGUCAUAAUCAAAUAUUGCCAGUACAGUAAAUUAUUCCUAACACAAUUAUAUCCAUUUCUAUCACCUUCAGAACAAGUUGCUAUUUUUUUUUUUUUU